AUGUCGCAAUUCUCUUCAUCCAGUUUCGUUGAUCAUAUUCUUAACGAUUUGGAACGUGAUGCACAGAAAAGCUCUAGUGCCAUCGCGGAUCUUCAGAGUCCUGCCACCAUCUCUACCAUGGAGCUUCCCUCUCCCGCCCUCUCGGCAACGACCUCGAACAAGGGCAAAGCGGUAGACAGGAACGUGGACAAGAGUGCGGACAAUAACUCAGAUAAAAACACGGACAAGAGCGCGAACAAGAACAGUGCCAAUAAUGCAACCAAGGUCACAGACAAGGGCAGUUGA